GGUCGCGGGGCGCCCAUGGCGGAGCGCGGCCGGGGGGCCGCCGGCGGGGCCCUGCCCUCCUCCCCGGGCCCGGUCCUGGCGGCCAAGGGCGCCCUGCGGGCCGGGGCCGGGGAGGGCGGCGGCGGCGGGCGGCCCGGGCCCGGGCGGGCGCACUGUGACAGCGCCGGGGUCUCCAACGGAGACUGCAGCCUCGGCGCGCCCGGGGGCGAAGCCCGGGUCGGCCCCGCGCUCGCCGCGGCCCCCGGCCCGGCUGCCUGCCCGCUCCCCCGGGACAGCAAGCCGGGCGGCCUGCCCCGCCGGAGCAGCAUCAUCAAGGAUGGUACCAAACAGAAACGGGAGCGGAAGAAGACCGUCUCCUUCAGCAGCAUGCCCACAGAGAAGAAGAUUAGCAGUGCGAGCGACUGCAUUAGUGCCAUGGUGGAGGGCUCCGAGCUCAAAAAGGUCCGCUCCAACUCCAGGAUUUACCACAGGUAUUUCUUGCUGGACGCCGACAUGCAGAGCCUGAGGUGGGAACCAUCCAAGAAGGAUUCUGAGAAAGCCAAGAUUGACAUUAAGUCCAUCAAGGAAGUGAGAACAGGGAAAAAUACAGACAUAUUCCGCAGCAAUGGUGUUUCCGACCAGAUAUCCGAAGACUGUGCGUUCUCGGUCAUCUACGGAGAGAAUUAUGAGUCACUCGAUCUGGUUGCCAACUCUGCAGACGUUGCAAACAUCUGGGUCACGGGACUGCGGUACUUAAUUUCUUAUGGAAAACAUACCCUUGACAUGUUAGAAAGUAGCCAGGACAACAUGAGGACUUCUUGGGUUUCACAGAUGUUUAGUGAAAUUGAUGUAGAUAACCUGGGACAUAUAACUCUAUGCAGUGCUGUGCAGUGUAUCAGGAAUCUCAAUCCUGGCUUAAAAACAAGCAAAAUCGAGCUUAAGUUCAAAGAACUGCAUAAAUCCAAGGACAAAACUGGUACUGACGUCACAAAGGAGGAGUUUGUUGAGGUUUUCCACGAGCUUUGUACUAGACCUGAAAUUUAUUUCCUUUUAGUUCAGUUCUCAAGCAAUAAAGAAUUCCUUGAUACCAAGGACCUGAUGAUGUUUCUGGAGGCAGAGCAGGGUGUGGCGCACAUAAAUGAGGAAAUAAGCCUGGAGAUUAUCCACAAGUAUGAGCCAUCCAAAGAGGGUCAGGAGAAGGGCUGGCUGUCCAUAGACGGGUUCACCAACUACCUUAUGUCACCUGACUGUUACAUAUUUGAUCCAGAGCAUAAGAAGGUCUGUCAGGACAUGAAGCAGCCUCUAUCUCAUUACUUUAUAAAUUCAUCUCACAACACAUACCUGAUCGAGGAUCAGUUCCGAGGCCCCUCUGAUAUCACAGGGUACAUCCGAGCUCUUAAAAUGGGCUGCCGGAGCGUGGAGUUGGACGUCUGGGACGGGCCGGAUAACGAGCCUGUGAUUUACACGGGCCACACCAUGACCUCUCAGAUUGUCUUCCGCAGCGUCAUCGACAUCAUUAACAAGUUUGCCUUCUUCGCUUCCGAGUACCCGCUCAUCCUGUGUUUGGAAAAUCACUGCUCCAUCAAGCAGCAGAAGGUCAUGGUGAGGCACAUGAAGAAGAUCUUAGGGGACAAGCUGUACACGACAUCUCCCAACGUGGAGGAAUCGUACUUGCCGUCCCCAGACGUCCUGAAAGGGAAGAUCCUUGUCAAGGCGAAGAAGCUGUCCUCCAGCUGUUCCGGGGUCGAGGGCGAUGUCACCGACGAGGAUGAGGGGGCGGAGAUGUCCCAGAGGAUGGGCAAGGAGAGCACAGAGCUGCCCAACCACUUGCCUGCCAAGCGCUUCCAGCUCUGCAAAGAGCUGUCAGAGCUGGUGAGCAUCUGCAAGUCCGUGCAGUUCAAGGAGUUCCAGGUGUCCUUCCAGGCUCAGAAGUACUGGGAGGUCUGCUCCUUCAACGAAGUGCUGGCCAGCAAGUACGCCAACGAGAACCCCGGGGACUUCGUCAAUUACAAUAAGCGCUUUCUGGCCCGGGUCUUCCCCAGUCCGAUGAGGAUUGACUCCAGCAACAUGAACCCACAGGAUUUUUGGAAGUGCGGCUGUCAGAUCGUGGCCAUGAACUUCCAGACCCCCGGGCUGAUGAUGGACCUGAACGUGGGCUGGUUCCGGCAGAACGGGAACUGCGGCUACGUGCUGCGGCCAGCCAUCAUGCGGGAGGAAGUCUCCUUCUUCAGCGCCAACACUAAGGACUCGGUGCCGGGGGUCUCCCCGCAGCUGCUCCACAUCAAGGUCAUCAGCGGGCAGAACUUCCCCAAGCCCAAAGGCUCGGGCGCCAAGGGCGACGUGGUGGACCCGUACGUGUAUGUGGAGAUCCACGGCAUCCCUGCCGACUGUGCCGAGCAGAGGACGAGAACCGUGCACCAGAACGGGGACGCGCCCAUCUUCGACGAGAGCUUCGAGUUCCAGGUCAACCUGCCCGAGCUGGCCAUGGUGCGCUUCGUGGUCUUGGACGACGACUACAUCGGCGACGAGUUCAUCGGCCAGUACACCAUCCCCUUCGAGUGCCUGCAGACGGGCUACCGCCACGUGCAGCUGCAGUCGCUGACCGGCGAGGUCUUGGCGCACGCGUCCCUGUUCGUGCACGUGGCCAUCACCAACCGGAGAGGGGGCGGCAAGCCCCACAAGAGGGGCCUCUCCGUGCGGAAGGGGAAGAAGUCCAGGGAGUACGCGUCCCUGAGGACGCUGUGGAUCAAAACUGUGGACGAGGUCUUCAAGAACGCCCAGCCCCCGAUCCGGGACGCCACGGACCUCAGGGAGAACAUGCAGAAUGCAGUGGUGUCCUUCAAGGAGCUGUGCGGCCUCUCCUCCGUGGCCAACCUCAUGCAGUGCAUGCUGGCGGUGUCUCCCCGCUUCCUGGGACCUGAUAACACGCCCCUGGUGGUCCUGAACCUCAGCGAGCGGUACCCCACCAUGGAGUUGCAGGGGAUCGUGCCUGAGGUUCUGAAGAAGAUCGUGACGACUUACGACGUGAUGAUCCAGUCCCUCAAGGCGCUGAUCGAGAAUGCAGAUGCCGUGUAUGAGAAGAUCGUGCACUGUCAGAAGGCAGCCAUGGAGUUCCACGAGCACCUGCAGAGCAUCGGCACCAGGGAGGGCCUGAAGGAACGCAAGCUGCAGAAGGCCGUGGAGAGCUUCACCUGGAACAUCACCAUCCUAAAGGGACAAGCCGACCUCCUGAAAUACGCCAAGAAUGAGACCGUGGAGAACCUGAAGCAGAUCCACUACGCGGCCGUCUCCUGUGGACUCAACAAGCCAGGCACGGAAAACGCCGACGCCCCGAAGCCGCGGCGGAGCCUCGAGGUCAUACCCGAGAAGGCAAACGAUGAGACUGGAGCAUGAGGGGACUUUCUAGAGGUGAUCAGAGUCUGUAACUCUAGGACCAACUGUCCGCCGGAUGGGACAUUUGCUUUGCACUCAAUAAUGGAAAUAAUUUGGGGGAUUUUAAAGCACAACUGGAAUAGCUAAUUGCAGUCUAUUAAAACUGUGAAUGUAUGUAGCAGCCCUGCUUAUGGAGGCAAAUAAACUCUUUAACAAGAAAUUCUCUUCCGGGCCCAAAUAUGCUGUGUUUGUAUACAAAGACGUCAUGAUUCAGUUCCAUUGUGAACAACAGACUAGCCACUCUAGUUCCUUUGAAGACAUUCUCCUAACAGAAAACAACGUCUUAAGAUGCAGAUGGACUGUGUGGUCUAAUCAGUAUUUACUGGGGGCAUCGGGGAGGAACCAAAUCCUAAAACAAGUUUUACUUGCUUAUGUAUGAUUGCUGGGGCCUCUGGGUUCUGGAUGAUUCUGGCAGCAUGCCUGCUGAGAGCCAGAACGUGCAGAGCCACGGGCUUCAAGGGCACUGCGGGCAGACGGCUGCUCCCGGCUGGAGACCCUGCUGGGUGCGCAGGCCGUGUAAAGGCCACCGGCCUGGCAGCAACAUGCUGUACAUAGCUUUUCACUGUAUGAAGCAGUGGCCACAUUAAAAAGGCGUUUGAUGAUAUUUCUCCAACAGCAGUACGUGCAUUUAAAUGAGAGUUUACCUUUAAAAACUUCCAGUUCAAGGUAAUUCUACUAAGAGUGGCCAGCGACUUGGUAAACAGCUUUGUCAGAAGCGUGUCUGGUUUGGCAUUUUGCUUUCGGUACAUACAGUGGCCCCGACUUUACACAGUGGCCACUGUCUGUGAGGCCACCAACCCCUCGCCCCCGUCUCAGCCUCUCAGGUCCUGCGGGGCGAGCCUGGACCCCGUGCGGACCGUGACCCAGGGGCGCGUGGAGCGGCUGCAGCAGCUGCCGAGGUCCUCCGGCCAGCUGAGUCGCUGACACCACACUUUAUUUUCCAGAUCAGUGAAGCGCCAGCUACUGGACACUGCAGCCUAGUGACUGCUUCUCCCAAACCAAACUGCUCGCAAAUUUUGGAAGGGUGAAAGGUUUCUAAAUCCUCAAUAACUGCUUUUUGAUUUGUGCAUUUUCUUUUCAGCCACUCGUAAACUAUGUGGGAUCUGCACUGUGGCACCUCACUGUUUGCUCACGACAUCUGCUCAGGCUGA